AUGGGCGCGGGAAGGGAGGGCGAACACCGCGACGACGCGGUGCCGUCGCUUCGCGCUUCGCCGUCAGCCGCGGAUCUUGCGCGCGAGCUCUCCGUGUUCCCCCAGGACCUGAUUCUUCCCCACUUGGCACCUCUAGGUUCCCAAAAAGAGACAAACGCUGCCGUCCCUGCACAGAAGCAGCAUGCAAACGACUCUCAGAGUAGGACAAGUAACGCCAGCCCGUGCAGGGGAUUCUUCAUUCCUCGCCGCCCGCCGCCGCCCUCAGAGGUACCUGAGGAGCUUCCCGUGCCGCCCGUCUGCGCCUACAUGGGACAAAUUGUGCAUCGGUACAUCCGAGGAAGCUUCCUGGAUGGUGCCUGUGGGGAGACCCCUGGGAGCUGUGGAGCAGGAGAGAAGAGGCAGGAGGGGAAGGGGUGCGCGGCAGAGGAGGGAGAGGAGCAGCAGCAGCAGCAGCAGCAGCAUUGCUUGCUGCAAGACAGGACGACGCAACAGAGGGAGGAGCAGCAGCGGCAGCAGCAGCAGCAACAUGAAGAGCAGAGGGAGCGGGACCUUCCCUCCUCGCCACCACACACACUCUCCUCCCCACCACCACACACACUCUCCUCCCCGCCUUUCUUCGUCCCUUGCGGGCGGGCACGGUCCAAGCUGGCAGUGAAGCAGCAGGCGUCAGUGCUGACGUGGCUCAGCCACGGGUACAACUGGCUGCUCAGGCUCAACAACGUGGCAUUCGUGCUGCUGAUUAUGGCAGCACCAGUCCUCCUCGCGCUGCUCUUCACGCCGCUCUUCCUCGCCCUCGCCUCCGGCUUCGCCUUCCCCCCAGACAGCCCCGAGUUCGAAUCCCUCGACAUCCACACCAUCCUCUCGGGCCCGCUUGCGCCGCCUCUCGACCAAUGGGAGCGCGCCAGCAGGGCGGGACCGGUGGCAGUCGCGUUGUGCUGGGUGUGUGCUGCGUUCGUGCGUGCAGGGCAGUGGCUGUAUGUGGCUCUGCACUUCUUCCUCUUCGCUCUCUCCCUCUGCACCACGUUCGGAGGCUCGCCCCUGCAGGUGCUCUCGCCCUCCGCACUCAUUCUCGCCAAUGCCCUCACCCUCCUCGCACAGCUCAACUUCGUCUUCCUCAGUGGUGCAGUGUUUGCUCGUAUCGGCCGCCCAGCGGAAACGGUGCGGUGCUCGCGCUUCGUCACGAUUGCCACUCAGCCCUUGACCGGCCACGGCACUGAGAAGAGACGGAUUCUCACGGCACGCUUUGCCCUGGUGGGGCUGAACUCGCACGAGCUGGUGAACGUGAAACUCGCCCUCUCUGUGCGCCUCUUCCUCCCCUCCCCCUCCGGGGACGUGCACUGCUCGUUGCACGACCUCGAGCUCGUGAAAUCCGAGCUGCCCUACACGCGCUUUUGCUUCAAUCUGCGGCACAUAGUGGAUGACACCAGUCCCCUGCACGGCCUCUCACUCAGCGACCUGCUGGCAGCAGAUGUGUCCUUCUCCCUCACCAUCUCCGGCCUUGAGCGCACCUCCAUGCAACCCGUGUUUGUGGUCAAGGAGUACUACGCAUACGAUGGCGAGGUGCUGUGGGACUAUGAGUUCCUAGACCUAAUGCGCAUCUCAUCCGAUCUCGUCCCCACUAUAGAACAUGCUAGAUUGGAUGCCGUGACACCUCUCAACACGCACAGCUGA